AUGAUUUACCGCGGAAGGACGUGACAACGACAUGCCGUCGUGCCUGGCGACGAUGAAAUAACGCUCUCGUGGGCGCACGAGAAGCGAUAACCGCUGGACCAACCGGCAGAGAACUAUGCGCAGCGCAAUUGUGAUGUGUCCGUGCAGUAUCGUCGACGGUCAAGUGCUCGCUCUACUCUGCAGAUGUUUCUCGUGCAGGUGCCGGGUGCGUAGAACACAGCUGGCAAAAUGGGCAAGUUGUUGUCAAAGAUCUUUGGCAACAAGGAGAUGCGUAUUCUCAUGUUAGGACUGGACGCGGCAGGAAAAACUACAAUAUUGUAUAAACUUAAACUAGGACAGUCUGUGACAACUAUACCAACUGUAGGAUUCAAUGUAGAAACAGUUACCUAUAAGAAUGUAAAAUUUAAUGUGUGGGAUGUAGGGGGUCAAGAUAAAAUACGUCCGUUAUGGCGUCACUACUAUACAGGGACGCAAGGACUUAUUUUUGUAGUAGACUGUGCAGAUCGAGAUAGAAUCGACGAAGCUCGCCAAGAACUUCAUCGAAUCAUAAACGAUAGGGAAAUGCGUGAUGCGAUAAUUUUAAUCUUUGCUAAUAAACAGGAUCUUCCGGAUGCAAUGAAACCGCACGAAAUACAAGAAAAACUGGGAUUAACUAGGAUACGAGAUAGAAAUUGGUACGUUCAACCAUCUUGUGCCACAACGGGAGAUGGGCUUUAUGAGGGCCUUACGUGGUUAACCAGUAAUCAUAAAUUAUGAGCAAAUAUUUAUUUUUCACAAAUUAGCUAUAUAUAUAUACACCAGAGAAUACACGCGUUUGCUUUGUAUUUUUUAUUUUAAUUUAUCAUGUGGAGGCUCCGUCAAGACGAACAACUGACAAUGAUACAUUUGACGACAUCAUUUUUAUAAGUAAAGUUAUCACAGGUGCAAAAGGGGAAAAACAAUAUAAAGAGACAACUACUAAUGGUGUGUUCCAAUAAUAUCGACACUAGGUGAAUAAUAAUUUAUUGUAAACGAGGUACCAAGGGGCGCAACCUUUGUUAUACUAGCUAUUUAUCCCAUUUCAUGUGGAAAAUAAAUAUCGAAUAAAGUUACGCGCUAAGCGGAUUUAAUAUUCGCCCUGUACAUGUAACAUAUUCACACAAGUGUACUAUUUCAUGAGACACAUAAGUUGUGUACAAGAAAAAAAGAAGGAAACGAAAUUACGAGAAUCUAGUUAUGAUAUUAAGAAGUUCACGGAUUCACAAGGAUUAGUAUACUGUAUAACUUACCUUUGCAGGAUCAUAUCUAAUAUCUAUGUAAUUGUUAUUUGAGCGGAGUUGCGUUUCUCGAGUGGAAAGUACCUCAGGUUUUUAAACGAAACGCAGCUAGAUUUUUAACUUUGCAAUAUCUUGUUGUCAAAAUGCUAUCUAAUGUGUAUUAUAUGAUAUUCGUAUAUAUAGCCCGUGAGAAUAGCACGUGAAUAAAUUUAAAAUACCUAUAUUGAGGCUUUAUAUAUAGUACAGUGAUACUAUAUAUUUCGUUAGUAAAUAUUCUUGCUGUUUUAGAAUUCUGUGCCGAAAAAUAAUUCGACUUUUUCUUUUGUAACGUCGUCUUCCAACUCGCUUAUAUUUUUAAAUUCCCUUUUCUGUUCAUCUCGAUCACGGGUGAUCGAAAUAUUAUAUCUAAUGCAUUUUUGGACUUCUUAUGAUUACGCACAAAUUGCAGAAUAUAAGGAAGCAAUGCAAUAAGAAGUUAUCGGUUUACUGAUGUUGUGAGCUCAAAAACAAAAAAAAAGAAGAGAAGAGGAAACAAUGUUACAAAGAACGUAACAGCAUUAAAUCUGCCAAUAUUUUUUACUGUUUAAGUGAAUAUCAGAUAAUAAAGCAUCUUAGUAUUAUAGGUCGCAAAAAUGACCGGCUCGUUAAGAACAACAUUUUAAACGGACAAGAUAAAUGUUUCCGCGUGACCGUUUUAUUUCUCAUAGCGCAUAAUCCAUAGAAUAAGAUUAGUAAGAAUAUACUUCGAGAUUCAUAACUGAUUCAUAGAAGUUUAUAAAGUGUUCAAAAUAUUUGUGUAUGAUUAUCAAUCAAAUUGAGUUAUACGAGUAAAUAAUAAUGAUGGUACACUUUGUAAUUCGUGAAUGCAUUGACACCUUGUUUACAUUCCAUGGUACAUUAGCGAAUUAGAUUGUUAGAAGGUUUAAGUUAUAUAUAUAUAUAUAUAAAUAAUCUAUAUGGAUUAUAACGAGAGAUUUUUCCUGAACGUAAGUUUGUAUAACUUUCUCAGCAUCCGUACCAUUAAUAUUAAGUAAUCUCACUUGAGAGAGAUGGUGUGUGAAGUUAUACGCACUGUCUGUAUAAAAAAUCGUAAUCAGGCUUUGGAAAUACUCAACUCUUUUUCAGAGAUUAGAUAUAUUACUUAGCACUCUCUAUGGCCAUGGUAUUUGUACAACCUCGUCUACAUUUUUUAACAAUGUUUCGAAUAGUGGUACCAUUAUUGUCUACACUCUCUAAUCUAAUAUUAAAAUAUAUAUAUAAUUGUGUUACAUUUUAUCAUCAGCUUUAGCAGAAGUCAUUUUUUCAUUAUUAAAUGUGAUGUUAUGAUGUUAAUUGACGAAGUUUUAUGUACAUAAAUAUGUUUGAUAUAUUUCAGCUUAUGUGUCGAGCGUCUUAUGUGUUCCAUACAUCCACUACUAAUAUACUAUUUAAAAAAUACAAAAUAAUAACGAAUUAUAUAUACAUGCAAAGUUUCUCGAGGACUAAUAGAAAAUGUUCGAUGGCGGUUUUGAUAAAAAAGAAAAAGCACAUAGGCAAAGAAAAGAGUUGCUCCAAAAAGACAAUAUAAGUUUCAGAAAGAAAAUAAAUUCUAAAUUUUUUUAUAUACACAUAAUAAAGAUAUUAUCUGUUUAUUAAACUAGUUUACUAUGCAGCAUUGAAAUAAGUCAGAGAUAAUUUAUAAUUAUAAACUAUUUUGCUUUACUAAUCCAAAGCCUGAACAUCACAAGAAUUUUACGGCAUUAAAGAAAAAUCCUAUGAUUAGUUUGUAGAGGUAAUUACAGUAAUUUUGUUAUUACUUGACAAAUUAUAGUACUUUAAUAGACUCCAGUAACAUUUUAAUAAACUCAUAUCUAGAGUUCAAAGAUAAAAAUAUGAAAAAGCCAGUGAAAAAUUAUAAAUCACAAACUCCAAAAUACGUAGUUUCCAAAUUCAGUUCGUGAUGAACAAGUAGCUUUGUUGCGAUAUAUUACAUUGUACUCUAUCUUGCAAAAGAGGAUAUUCAUGCAUAUUUAGAGUAUACAGAUGUAUUGAUUGCUACAGUUUUGGAUAAUUUGAUAUUUUAUUAAUUUGGUAGUCGUUAUAUAAAGAUCCUAAAAUUUAUUGCUAUCGAGAGAGAUGCGCUGAAGAUUUUUACUCAAAAUAAAAAUCAUACAGUGUAACGUGUCAUCCCUUUCACUUAUACAUACACAUAAACAUACGUAUCUUUCUCAUUAAACGGAAGAACAUUCAGGUGAUUUGCCAUUUAGAAAAUUAGCGAUUUAAUAAUUACAUCUUAUCAGGGGCCAUACAAGAAAAUUUAGGCUCAUUAAAGCGCUUUGGAGCAUAAGAAAUAAUAUUAGGCGACACUGUUAAUCGACACUGUCAGUUUACACAUGAAUCGACGCUAUCAGCCAGAGAAUUCCUAAUGCACCAUUAUUGUGAAUAGAAUAUUUCCGAGAAUAAAAUAUCUGCCUUAGAAGGGAAGACUUGGCGCGAUAAAAGAGAAAAUCUGUUCUGUUAAUUCACAUAUUUGCUAUUUAUUCCUAUUGUUUAGUCUAUAGUAUGUUAUACUUUUAAUUAUAGUCUUCGAAUAUUAUAUUAUAAAAGUAUUUACGCGUAAUUAUACAAAUAAAUUUUAAUAUUUUAAAAAGUAAUCUUCAUUAAAUCAACGGGAAAUCUCCCGUAUUCUUCGAAAUAGAACGAGUUUUUCACAAAGAAUCUCGGGGCAAUAAGAUAAUUUCGAUUAGGAACAUUUUUACUGGUGCAACAGGAGCUUUUUGGUUCAUGGUGUGUAUAUGGAAUAUAAAUAUAUAAUAAAUGCAAUAUAUAAAUAUAAUAGCAAUUUUUACGAAAUCGGAAAUCGACGAAGGAAGGCUAGAAAGUAUAUAUGUACUUGUAUAUUAUUAUCAUUUGUAUAAUAAAAAUUUCUUUAAAUUGUGCACAUUCUGUAGUAUGUAUGCAUGUGUAUCAUGCAAUAAACACGCGCAGCAAUUUGUUAUUUAUGAUAUUGAUUCGUAGGUAUAAAAGCACUAAAUAUACUAUGGUUUACUUUUUUUAUUAAUACUUUAAUAUAUAUUAUUCCCAAUUUUUACACAAGACUGAUUCAACAUAAAAUAAAUAACAUUGUUAAAAUU